CACAGCCCAUCGCGAUUCUGUUCUCUCAGGCACGCCGGUGACUGCAACUUUAAUCACCCCCAGACAGAGGAUAAAGAGGCCCGCCAGGGAAGCUACGGAGGAAACUGACACAAGCAACUGAUACAACUGAUACGAACUUAACCGAUACAACUGAUACGAACUUAACUGAUACAACUGAUACGAACUUAACUGAUACAUCUGAUAUAACUGAUACGAACUUAACCAAUGCAACUGAUACGAACUUAACUGAUACAACUGAUACGAACUUAACCGAUACAUGUUAUACAACUGAUACGAACUUAACCAAUGCAACUGAUACAACCGAUACUAACUUAACUGAUACAACUGGCUGAUACAACCGAUACGAACUGGUACAACUAACUGAUGCGGGGACUUGAUUCCCUGAGAGUGCGGCUGGCAACGGAGGGCAGUUAAGGUCUCCCGGCCACAGGCCAGGCGGUGCAAAGAUUGAAGCUCUUCACACAGGAAAGGUUAUCUGGCGUUCACAGACAGGGCCUGCAACUCAUCGUCGUCAUGGACACCGAUAUGUGCCAGCCGACUCGUGGUCUCCAGUGGUUUUAAAGAGGAAGCCCCCAGCGCCAACAACCCGCAAGCGACACUUCUCCAGUGUGCAGAUUGAAGGGAGGUUCCCCAAUUCCUUUUCUCUCUUGGCACAUGUGCCCUGCCAAUAAAUAAGAAGGGUCUGGUCAAGUAUUAUCUGGUUACGGAGAUGGCGCACGCACAAGCUGGCUGUCCACAGCCUGCCUGUGAGGCCAGCUCCAGGGUAGGUCCCGAACAGAUUCAGCUGCUUCUGGAUGCCUGCAGAGAAGCCAAGGCCUUUGCGUACUGCCCCUACAGCAAGUUCCCUGUUGGGGCUGCCCUCCUGACUUGCGACGGAAAGAUCUUCUCUGGUUGCAAUGUGGAAAACGCGUGCUUCCCACUGGGCGUAUGUGCGGAGCGGACGGCCAUCCAGAAGGCGGUGUCACAAGGGCAUACCGAAUUCCGAGCCAUGGCCAUUAGCUGCAACAACGGGACUUCAUAUGCCAUGCCUUGUGGGGCUUGCAGACAGGUGCUCCGAGAGUUUGGCCAGCACUGGGACAUCUAUUUGACCAAGCCGGAUGGGACGUACAUUGUGAAGACUUUAGAGGAGCUCCUCCCCCUCUCCUUUGGACCGGAACAUCUGAAGACGCUCUGAAGAGGUUGAGGAAACAUGGCAACCCUCCAGAGCCUUCCAGGACCUUGUGCCUUCCACAUCAGAGACUUCUUUCAAAUGCAUUUAUUGCAAAAAAAAAUUCAUUCCUUUCAAAGGUUACCUUUAGAACCGUUUGACCCGCUUGUAGAGGUGAUUCAGUACCCCUCAAAAUGGGGGUGGCUUAACUCCCACAUUUGCAUCCUGAGCGUGGUGCAAUCCAGGUGUGCAAAAGAACACAAAGGGGGAGUCUUUUCCAGGGCUGGAUGUAAUCACCAUGCAAAACACAUCCUGAUCAGGACUCCAGUCAAGCGGAAACUCCUAUGAUGUUGCUUUCAAAGGGCCUCUCUUUAUGAAUAACUGAGCAAAAAAGCCCUGUGGGAUUGUUCCUGAGCUGUCCAGUGUGAUCCACUUUGAUGUGUAAGAACAAAGCAGCAGCAUACUAAGCAGUAGAAGGUGUGUGAAUCCAUUGCCUAAUGCGGUAAUCUUCACUAUUUUUCAAGCAGGGGCCAUUUGGGCAAAAAUCGUCCAUGUCCGAGCCAUCUAGGGGUGUGCAAGCUGGCUUGAAAUCGAACUGGCUCGCCUCAAAGUCUAGACCUCGAGCCAGGCCCGGUUCAGUUUGAGACUGUGCCGAACCGGAUGACAACUCGAGGGUGGCAGGGGGGCAUUAAAAUUGAGUUUUAAAAGUAAUGACUUACUCAGGGGGUGCUGUGGCAGCCUCAGGGGGGUCUCCGGCAGCUCCCCCUCCCCCUGUCAGCCUCCUUUGAGUUUCCCUAGGCUGGUUCGGCCUGUUUUGGAGCCAUUUCAUGGUGGCCAUAUGCGGCAGCCAUUUUGGGAUCUUGGGUCAUGCAAAUGGCCAGUGCGUAUGCGCGACUCUUGGUGGUGGUAAGUCAUUACUUUUUAAACUCAGUUUUAAUGCCCCCCUCCCGCCUCCCUUGAGCUAGGCCCGAACCGGCUCGAAUUCGAACCAAACCAGGCGAUUCGGCUAGAAUUUGAACCGAACCACCCCCCUCAAGGAGGUGACAGAACUGAACAUGCCCUGUCUGGUUCGAAUCCGCUCCAGAUUUGAACCAAAGCAGGCAAAUUGGUUUUGUGAACAUCCUUAGAACCAUCUCCACACCAUUCUGCAUUUUUCUUAGGACUGGGAGGGCCCACUAAGUGAGACAGAGCCCUUUCUUCACAAGGCUGCUCAACUUUGUCCCUCCUGCAGAUGUUGGCCUACAUUUCCCACAGUCCUUGGCUAUGCUCCCUGCUCCAUCCCUGUUGGCUUUUAGAAAACAACGAAAGACACUAAAAUGCAAGCUUUAGCCAAGCCUUUUAGUUAGUUGGGGUGUGUUUAUGGGUAUUUUAAUUUGAUCUUAUAUAUGUCUUAACUGUUAUCAAUUCCUGGUUUGUUUUAUGCCGUAAACCGCUUAGAGACUUUGGUAGUGGGUGGUGUACACAUUUGUUAAAUAAAUAAAUGAAAUAUUGGCUGCUGCGA